UGUGCAGAGGCCCUCACAGCAACCAACUUAAAACUCAAAGUAGUUAAUAUUGCUAAUGAAUUAUGCCAAGGAACGGUUAAUUACGUUCAAACUUUUGCUUCAACCGUACGUUAAACUAAACCCUAGGCCUACGCGAUUUCGUUUACGGCUCAAGUAAGAUGUUCAAAAGACUUAACGACUUAGGCCAAACGAAGCUUAAGAAUCCCGAAUCUACAGAAUUAAACGAAUAUGUUGAUUCUUUGGACGGCAAUGAGAUAGUUUCUACGUUGAAAGAAAAUCUACUAAAACCUGAAGCUCCUCAAGCAUUGAAUUAUUUACUUCUUGGCUUCAGUGAAAAGUCUACAUCACAAAAGAAAAGACUUAAAGUGUGUGAAGCAAUCAUCAAUGAGAUCCAAGGAUGUGACAUCUCUAGUCGCAGCUCAGUCGCAUUGUCCAGUAGGAUUGCUCAGGAGCUGGGCAAGUUUCCCACCUCACAUCUCGUCUCUGUGGCUCAACUCUGUGUUGAUUUCAUACGCUCCUCUACAGCAGACAGCCAAACAUGUUGGAAGGAGUUGCUACCCAAGGUGUUGGCUGAGGUGGAAUCACACAGAGAGGUAGAGUACGCUGGGGCUGAGAUGUCUGGAGCAGAGUUCAAACAGAGGAUUGUUCAAGUAAUCUGCUCUACCAGCUGGGACAGUGGUGUGGCCACCUCCCUUGCUUCAAUGUUCAUAGAUGUGGAGCUCAGUGAGGAAGAACAUCUACAAGUAGUAAACAAAUUGUGUAGUUAUUUUAACAAGAUGUCUCCUCAAGAAAUUCCACCUCUAGUUCAUCAACUUUUGAUUUUGUGUAAGAAUCAACAUGGAGUAACUGUGGUCCUUUCAUUGCGCCAUUAUUUCAAUUCAAAAAUAUACAACAAGAAGAAAGUUCCUGCUGAAGACCCGGAUAGCAUUUCCAGCAUAAUGGAGUGUGACAGCAGAGAGAUGGGUGACUGUGAGAGCACGGUACUCUACCACAUAGAGGAGGCGGCCAAGCUGUCUCGGGGUAGUGUCAUAGACCUAAAAUUGUGUCAACAGUCCAGAGCUUAUAUCUAUCCUGACUUGUUUACAGUGGAGUGUGACAGCAGAGAGAUGGGUGACUGUGAGAGCACGGUACUCUACCACAUAGAGGAGGCGGCCAAGCUGUCUCGGGGUAGUGUCAUAGACCUAAAAUUGUGUCAACAGUCCAGAGCUUAUAUCUAUCCUGACUUGUUUACAGUGGAGUGUGACAGCAGAGAGAUGGGUGACUGUGAGAGCACGGUACUCUACCACAUAGAGGACGCGGCCAAGCUGUCUCGGGUGGAGUGUGACAGCAGAGAGAUGGGUGACUGUGAGAGCAUGGUACUCUACCUCAUAGAGAAGGCGGACAAGCUGUCUCGGGGUUGUGUCAUAGACUUAAAAUCGUGUCAACAGUCCAGAGCUUAUAUCUAUCCUGACUUGUUCACAGUGGAGUGUGACAGCAGAGAGAUGGGUGACUGUGAGAGCAUGGUACCACAUAGAGGAGGCGGCCAAGCUGUCUGA